AUGGUUCCUCAGGAAACUCUUCAGCAUAAAAGCAUUCUUUCUUUACUGCUGUAUUUUAAGUGGACAUGGAUUGGAGUUCUUAUUAUGAAUGAUGAAAAUGGAGAAAGACUUGUACAGACUGUGUUUCCAGAGUUUUCUCAAAGUGGUAUUUGCUUUGCCUUCAUAGGAAGAAUCCCCAGAUACAGUUUUGAUGAUACAUUUAAUGAUAUGGUAGAAGAAGGGGCAAAAAUAUAUGAUCAGGUCAUGGGUAGCAAGUCUAAUGUCAUAGUUCUCUAUGGUGACUCCGAUUUUAUGGUGUUUCUGAAAUGGAUCUCAUAUAUUGUAGUUGUACAUGAUGUGAUAAAUAAACCCAAAGCCAAAGUGUACAUCAUGACAGCCCAGGUAGAACUUGUUUCAUUUUUGUACCAAAAGAAUUGGGAUGGAGAACAGAUCUUACACGGUGCUCUUGCUUUCACAAUUCACUCCAAUAACCCACCAGAGUUUAAGGCUUUUGCUGAAAGCAGAAACCCUUACAGCACAAAAAGAGAUGGUUUCAUCAAGGACUUCUGGCAGCAGGCCUUUGACUGUGUAAUCCCAAAUACAAUUCUGGACAAGUUGGAGAAUGGGGAUAUAUGCACCGGCGAUGAAAAGCUGGAAAGUCUCCCAACAUCAUUAUUUGAAAUGAGUAUGACUGGUCAUAGCUACAGCAUCUACAAUGCUGUCUAUGCUGUGGCUCAUGCUUUAAACUCCUUGUUCUCAUCUGCACUCAAACAGAGAGAAAUCGUGAAGAGAGAAAGACUAAAGCUUCAGAACCAACAAUUGUGGCAGGAGCUCCACCAUUUUCUGAAAAGUGUCUCAUUUAACAACAGUGUUGGGGACAAAGUUUCCUUGACUGACCAUGGGGAAUUAAUAGCUGGAUUUGAUGUGGUCAAUUGGAUCGCUUCUUCCAACCAAUCUUUUAAUCGUAUGAAAGUUGGACAGGUGGAUCCCCACAUAGAUCCAGGUGAAGCAUUCACCAUCAAUGAGGAUGCCAUAACAUGGCCCCACUUGUUUAACCAGGUUCAUCCAGUUUCUGUAUGUAGCAAGAGCUGUCAUCCUGGAUCUAGCAAGAAAAUAAAAGAAGGAGAGCCAUUUUGCUGUUAUGAUUGCAUCCCAUGUCCAGAGGGGAAGAUUUCAAAUCAGGAGGAUAUGGAUGACUGUAAGAAAUGCUCAGUCAAUGAUUAUCCAAGCAAGAAUCAGAGUUUGUGUAUUCCCAAAAUUGUUAAUUUCUUGACUUUUGAAGAGCCUUUUGGUAUCGGUUUAGCCAGUUAUGCUCUUACGCUUUCUUUGAUCACAGUUCUGAUGCUAGCAGUAUUCAUGAAGCACCAUGAUACCCCCAUUGUCAAAGCCAACAACAGGGACCUCACUUACAUGCUCCUCGUCUCCAUCCUGCUCUGCUUCCUUUCAGCAUUGUUGUUCAUUGGCCGGCCUGAGAAGGUGACAUGUCUCCUCCAACAGACUGCUUUUGGCAUCAUCUUCUCAGUGGCUAUUUCUUGUAUUUUGGCAAAAACCAUCACAGUAGUUUUGGCUUUCAUGGCCAUCAAACCAGGAUCCAGGAUAAGGAAAUGGGUUGGGAAGGAGCUACCUAUCCUCAUUGUUCUUUCUUGCUCCCUUUUCCAAACAGGAAUAUGUAUUGUAUGGCUAGGAACAUAUCCCCCAUUCCCAGAUAUGGACAUGCACUCAAUAGCUGAAGAAAUUGUAUUAGAAUGUAAUCAAGGUUCCAUCAUUAUGUUUUACUGUGUCUUUGGUUACAUGGGCUUCCUGGCCAGUGUGAGUUUCAUCAUGGCUUUCCUUGCUAGGAAGUUGCCUGACACUUUCAAUGAAGCUAAAUUCAUUACUUUCAGCAUGUUGGUCUUCUGCAGUGUUUGGGUACCUUUUGUUCCAACCUAUUUAAGCAUCAAAGGGAAAUGUACAGUAGCUUUGGAGAUCUUUUGCAUUUUAUCCUCCAGUACAGGAAUAUUGGGUUGCAUUUUUUCUCCCAAAUGUUACAUUCUUUUGCUUAGACCAGACCUGAACAGUAGAGAGCAGUUCUUAAGAAAAAAGGGAAGGAUUUAA